UGUUACCAUGCAGGUCAUGAGCAUAAAGGCUAUAGGAACUGCAAUAAAGCUUACUCUGGAGGGGAUCAGUCAAGCAGCAUAUCCACAGACAUGGUUUUUUCUUUCGGUUGCAGUAAUCUGUGUGAUCACACAGUUAAAUUAUCUUAACAAGGCACUUGAUACUUUCAAUGCAGCAAUUGUUUCUCCAAUAUAUUAUGUGAUGUUCACAACUCUAACUAUCAUCGCGAGUGCGAUAAUGUUCAAGGACUGGUCAGGUCAGGACAUGAAUAGCAUAAUAUCUGAGAUAUGUGGAUUCAUUACUGUCCUAUCGGGAACAAUAAUACUUCACGUGACACGAGAAGAGGAACCCACAACACUGCCAGGUAUAGUCCAAGGAACCAUAAUAUGGUAUGAUGGAGAUCCGGCAAAAGGCUUGGAAGAUGCACAUUAUAUCACAUUGCACUCUCCCGAUUUCUUUCAGUAGUGAAUUUUCUAAAAAGACUCGAGCAAGACAAGUUUACAAGUUUACUAGCACUUGGGCUAAUAUGGCACACAAUGAUUUAUGAUUUUGGGGAUACGAGUUUCUCAAAAAGAUUGUGCAUUUUCAGGACUGGAUAGGCUGCCUCUUCCUCUGUGCACCUUUCCUUAGAUGUUCAGGGACGAGGGCUCUUUAAAUUGCAGAUGCAUAUUCUAGUUGGAUUAAUGGAUCUUCCAUGGCAAUCUCAAGCUAUGUGUUGAAACAUACACAAGUAGGGUUUCCUUCUGCUUAUGUUGACUGGUGAUUGUAUAUAUUUGUCCUUAUCCUCAUUUCUUCGAGUAAUUGAGUUAAUAGUUGUAUUACUAUUGGUUUUGUUUUUUUAUUGUAGUUCUGAGAGCGAUCAGUGCAGAUAAAGUUUAGUAAUACUAUCACCCGUUUUUGAAGAUAUUUAUGUCGUCAAUAUGAAGAUAUCAGUUUUGUAUUUGUAAGCUGCAUGUUUGAUGUUUUCAUGCUUGAUACUUUCCGCUU